UUUGUGGUUUCUCGAGUUACCAAAAAUAAUGAAAUUCUGGAUUUCUAGACCGUAAGAACUUCCCGGGCCACAGUAAUCUGUUAGUUAUCCUUUAGCCACGAGCAAGCUUACUGUUUAGCCCACAUUCACAGGCAGAGUGGCUACAGAAACGUGGGAAGAGAUCUAUGCACGCUAGAUGUUUGAAUAAAUUACCGGAAGAGCUACUGUUAUUUGUUUACUUUGGUGUUGCGCGAUGCUAAACUCGUUCGAGUGAUCUAGAUGUGGGUUAGCAGUUAUUCGGCAGGAAAUUGAGAGUCUUCUGGAACUGAAGAUGGUUGUUGAAGCUAUGGCACUGUUCACUGUUAGGAGUGUUAGAGUCAGUUCACUGCAAUUCAAGAGUAGUCAACUCCUUGGGACUUCUAUGAAUUUCUCCCAUAUCCUUCCCGUGCAAAGUAGAACAGGCUUAGUUAUGAACCCAUUGGUUGUUCAAGCAACAUCGAGGGCCAAUACUCGGACAGAGAAUGCAAAGAUUCGGAACAGAAGAUUAAGAAAGAAGUAUAAUGGUACGCCCGCAAAACCAAGGCUUUCAGUGUUCUGCUCAAAAACACAGUUGUAUGCUAUGCUGGUAGAUGAUCAAAAUAAGAAAUGUUUGUUUUAUGGAAGCACUCUGCAAAAAUCAAUCCGCGGUGAUCCUCCUUGCAGCAUCAUGGAAGCAGCUGAACGUAUUGGCGAAGAGCUUGUGAAGGCCUGCAUUGAUCUUAACAUCACUGAGAUUUCAUCUUAUGAUCGCAAUGGUUUGGCUCGAGGAGAAAGAAUGCAAGCUUUCGAGAUUCCUAUUUCCCAACAUGGUUUCUUGAUGCGAUAAAUCAUUUGCAUUUUCUCUUGAUUUUGAUUUGCCAGUCUCAAUGUAAGUUGUUAGCAAUAGGAUACAUACUUGUGUUGAACAUGAUGAAUGAAGUAUACUGAAAAUUUUCUCAAACAUUUCAUGUGU